CGCUCGCUUAGCUUAAUGUGCUAGCUAACUGCUGGUGUGGUGGAGACAUCCUGUUGCCAAAAAUGGAGGAUAAUUUGGAUGAUUAAUAGAAUGAUGACGAAGAUGACCAUCAGUUCGAGCUGCAUAAAUGAUGGCAGUCAAGGACACCAUCUGCUCGGCUGUAAAUGGUUGAAGGGUGGGUUUUAUUCCUACAGGAAAGAGAAGAGAAGACAUGAAUGUCAACUUCCUCCAUGCACGUGUGCAAAACCAAACCUCUCUCCUCCUCCAUGCGUCUUCCCCUUUUUGUACUUCGUCUCAUCCCUUGCUGACAUUUUAACUGUGCCUCUCAGUGGCAAGAGAGCAGAUAUAUUAGACAGAGGGAAACAUUGCCGCCUGCACUUAUUGUAUUAGGAGAUCACGAUCUUCUAGGUGUUAUUUCAGAGGGCCAUGUAAGACUGUUUUGGCUUGGCUGCUUGUCAGCAGCUCUGAAGAUUCUCCUCUGAGACUCAUCCUCAAACCAUCCUGGACUUAACUCUGGAAAAAGUGUAACAGCUCUGGAAUGUGUCUCCAGCACUGGACAACUUUCUCUUACAAUCGGGACACACUUUAACCAAAAACAACAGGUUAAUUUCCUGCCAUAACUGUGAACUGACAGAAACGAAACGGAACGAUGUAUCCAACAGUCACACCACAAGCAACAACCACAAACUCUACAGAAAAGUGUGUUAAAAUUGGUGACAGUGCUGUGAGUGACGUUCUCAUGUCAGUUUACAUCCUGGCUUUUGUCUUUGGUUUGAUCUUCAACGUGCUGACUCUGGGACCCAUCUGGCAGCAAGUGCGCCGUCAAAACGUCCUGGGAAUAUUUCUGCUCAGCCUAUCUAUCUCGGACAUGCUUUUUAUUUUCACCAUGCCUCUUUGGAUCAAUUACUACCGGAAUAAUCACAACUGGGGGCUAGGUGUUAAUGUUUGUAGUGUCGCUGGCUUCUUUUACUAUUCCAACAUGUACAUUAGCAUCUACCUGCUCUGCUGCAUUUCCGUGGACCGCUGCCUCGUUGUCACCUUCCCUCUUCGCUCCAAAACCCACCGUACAUCUCGCUAUGCCUGGGCCCAGUGUGCUGGUGUUUAUAUUGUUGUGACUGUCCUUCAUAUCAUGGUGUUAGUCAAAGAUGACCUCAAGGAUGCUCAUGAUGACCUAGACAAGAACGAUCGCUGUUAUGAGACUUACCCCAUGAAGCCACCUAUAGCCUUGUUUAACCUGGUCCGAGUGGGCAUCGGCUUCGUUCUGCCCCUGCUGGUAUUGGCAGUGAGCUAUUGGAAGGUGCUGGCCACAGUCGGGCAAAGUCCUGGGCUGACCACCCAGGCUAAGAAAAAAGUCCGUCUGCUUUCAUUUGGUGUGAUUGGAAUCUUCUCAGUGUGCUACGCUCCGUAUCACAUCCUCCUGCUAGUACGCUCACUAGUCUUCUAUAACAGUGAGAUCAAAGGACCUGGAGGAAGUUACUGUGAGUUUGAGCAAAAUACACACUUCCUCUUCUCGUGUAUGCUGGCACUGUCCAGUCUGAACUGUGUGAUGGACCCUGUGCUUUACGUGCUGGUCAGUAAUGGAAUAGAGGAGGUGAAACUGUUCUGGAGGAGGCAACAAAGUACACUAACAACAGACAAUACUGUUUUAACUAUCAGAGUAAAGGCUAAUGCUAAUUUAAUAUAAAAAGUAAGCAAGAACUGCAUAUUUUGUGUGUGUGUGCAUGCAUUCACAGGUGCCUGUAUUGUUCAGGUCCCAAUGCAUGGUACUUCAUCUGUUUGAAUUGGUGUCUUUAUUUUCACAGUUAGCAAGGAAUUAGCAAGAUUAUAUGUACUCUGUAAUCAAUCUUUUGUGACCAAGCAGGCAGGCAUCAUAUGGAUAACUUCAGCGCUGCUGUUUCUCAUUUCCGUCUUCAGUGGAGGAGAGGAACAACAUGCAUCUCAGAGCUCUUUAAUUGGAUUGUAUUCCCAGGUUUUGCUGUCCCAAGGGUGCUUCAGUGGCAGCCACUUCUGGUCUGUGGUUGGACACUGCAGAGGUUGAAGAGCCCUUGUAUUUUCUCUCUAAGUUAUACAAGAACAUUGUCAUUGUUACUGCUUGACGCUGGUAUAUAUAAAGGUGAAUUAACUCUUAAGCAUGCAUUGAAAAGCAUUUACAAGCUUGAGGGUUCCAGUGAAACAUGUUGCAUGUGUAACAAAUAAAGCAGUGGUUUGAAAAGAUGCUGUGGUAGAAGUCAUCAGAUUAUUAAAUGUGUCAUCUUUUUUUCAAUUUUAUUUUGCACUGUGAUUUUGCAGAGCGAGGGCCAUAUUUUAAGUGUUUCCCUCUAUGUUUGUAUGAAAAAGUGAUUACAAAGCUGCGUGUUUGUCAAGUGGGGCAAAGGCUGCAGUCAAAGGAAGGCUGAAGGAGGGUGAGGUAUAGCAGAAUGAGUUGUUUUCCAUAAGAUUUAAGGUGGUGCGACAAUGUUUAAAAAUGAUAUUGUCCAGUCACUAAAGUGUAAGAAAAGAAGUGAGCAACGCUAAAAAAAAACUUGGUGUAAAUCUCUGUCAAAUUGAAAGAAAGAAAAAAGAAAGUAUGGAAGACGUUAACUGCAACAUUAAGGUUCUUGGUGCUUUCUUUCAUAUUUUCCUCUAUAAUUCCUACAGCAGCCCUUCAAAGGAUACAUUAAUACAUUCCCAGCUGACCACUUUGCAUAUCAGCAGUAUGAAACCUGAGCUUGUCAAGGUUUCUGCCAGCAGGUCUCUAUCUUUAAAAGCCUCUACUGCUGAGUUCUCGGUCUGAACACAGCAAACCUGUCUCCUGAAAACAACUUCAUAUCGCACUAAAAUGAUUUUCCUGAUGUGGUUGAGUGGAAAUGUAAUUGCUGUUUGUCACUAAUGGGCGGAUGUAGUUAGGAAAUGGCUGAAAUAAAAGAUAAGGUUUUCUUAAUGUGGUCAGGAUGACAAUUUUAAUAUUCCAUUGUUUCCUUCUGUUUUUAAUCAUAACAAAAUUUUUCAUUUUUAUAAUUUUUUGUUAUACCAGUAUUAGGAAGAAAAUCUCUACACACCUUAAUGUGGGACUUAGAAAAUGAGAAAGACUCCCAUGUACUGUCAUACUUUAUGCUGAUAUUCACUGAAUCACGUAAUGUUUCAGUUAAACAGACCUUCAUCGGGUAUUAUGGCAGCAUCACAACCUUUCCAGAGAGACUGCCUCAGUUUAAGUCAUGCAAUUCAAAAAACACUUGGUGCAUCAUUAGCCAGUAGAGAGUUCAAAACACUCACAGACACAGGAUUUAUGAGGGGCAGGGGCAAAAAUGAUGAAAAGGGCACCUGCUGCAUGGGGUGGGACCCCAGCACACAAAUGGUGCUAUUUUUAGUGAGACAGUUAAUAACCCUACCUAAGAUUAAAUGUACAUUAUUAUGAUUUUACCUACUACACUUAUAUGAUAAAAAGACAAGGAGUAAUAAACUAUUUAGCAGUUUAUUUCACAAAGAUACACAAGGGAAAAUGCCGGUGAAAAUGAACCUUACACCAAAAAGCUUAUGGCACUGAACAAAUCAAGUCCAGAGGAGUCAGAGAGCUUGAAGGAGUCUACUUUUAGUCUACUUGAAACCUAUGGGUCACUUUUUCAAAUUUUGACCACUCAUGGGGCACUUUUUAUCUCUUAGUGGGCUCCCUGCAGAGUACUUUAUCAUGUUUAUCUACAGUAGACACCCAAUUUUUCAACUUUUACAAACAUUAUGACACUGAGAGGGUUGCCCUGCACCGCCCCCGUCUAAUCCAGGCCAAAGCAGUGUGACUCAAGACAGUCUUGCUGUAGACCGUUCGUCUCUGAUAGCCACUCUCACAGAUCAUUCAUCUGAGACGCAGUAGGUCUCAGAACAGAAAUACAUGCUUAAACUUUUAAAAUAAAAUUUGAUUAAGCCUCCAUUUAAGGUUAUGUUAAUGGUAAGGGUUAAGGUAACGAUUAGGAAACUAAAAGUUAAAAGUUGAAAACCUGAUCUGCAAAACCUGAUUGCAAAGCGUUUAAUAAAGUUGAGUAAAUGGGCCGCUUACAUGAAGAAAGCUCGUCCUCCAUGUCACAUUCUAACGCAGCAAGCAUUACUCAUGUAGCUACUCUAGCUACAUAAGCUAUGGCACUCAGGUAGCUAAAAUAGCUAAUGCAGCUAAUGUAACUAGCUAAACUCACAAAGCAGCUAUGUAAACUGAUGUAGAUCAUCUACAGAGCCACGUAAGCUACUGAAGCUAAUUUAGCUACAUCGGCUUAUAUUGCAAUGUCAAUUACGUAGCCAACUAUGUUAACUAUAGUGAGCCACCUUCAUGUUACUGCUUCUUAAAUGGAUCUGUACAGAAUUUAAUCCAAGAUUAGACCUCUGACCUUUUCUCUUUCUUA